GGUCACGAUCAUUUAGGAUUUACCACCUUAGGGAGGAAGAUAACCUUAGAGCCCAAUUGGAAGCUGCAACUAGGGAACUUGAGACAUUAAAAAUGAAAAAUAAUAAUCACCCACACAGUUGCAAGGUAGAAGGUCAGGCUGCAUGUUUUGUUUGUAGGGGAUUGGAUCAUUUAGCUCACGAUUGCCUAACCUAUGGUGAGAUGAGAGGCGUGUAUGAAGAACAAUGUAAUGCAUUAGGAAUGGGUAGGGAACUUUUUUCACCCUAUUUAGAGACAUACAAUCCUAGUUGGAGGAACCAUCCCAAUUUUAGUUGGAAGGCUAAUCAGAACCAUCCCACAUCAUCUAGCAAUACUUGGAAUAGUGAAGCUCAACCACUCAGGUCUUACCCUACACCUCAAUACAAUGCAAGACCAAAUAGGAAUAUUUUAGAGGAAACACUUAAGGCAUUUAUGGAGGCACAAAAUAAGACUAAUCAAAAGUUUGAUUCUAUUCUUACACAGGAAUCUACCUCUUAUUCGGAGAACAUUAAAGAGGUCAACGCAAUCACUACUCAUGCUGGUAAAGUUAUAGAGCUGUUGCAAAAAUCACCUAAAUUGAAGGAUGCUACUCCAAGUAGCCAUGAAGACGACUUGUUGGAAGAACCCGAGAAGGAGGUCCCAAUUCGAGUUCCUUUCCCUCAAGCUCUUAAAACUGGAAAGAUUUCAGACAACCAAGGUACCAACUUAUGCCAAAGUGAUCAAGGAUCUAUGCACCAUGAAAAGGAAACACCAUGUCAAGAAAACUACAUUUUUAACAGAAUAGGUAUUGUUUUGGGACAUAUUGUGUCUGAAAGAGGAAUAGAAGUUGAUAGGGCCAAAAUUGAGCUGAUCUCUAAAUUACCUACACCCAAAACAGUAAAAGAUGUUCGAUAUUUUCUUGGACAUGCUGGUUUUUAUAGGAGAUUCAUUCAAAUUUUUUCAGCCAUAGCUCAACCUUUGUGUAACCUCUUAGCCAAAGAUGUUGAGUUUAAUUGGACUCCUAAAUGUGAAGAAGCUUUUCAAACCCUUGUCACCAAAUUAACUACUGCGCCGAUCAUACAAUCACCAAAUUGGAGUCUUCCAUUUGAAAUUAUGUGUGAUGCUAGUAACCAUGUUGUAGGAGCAGUUUUAGGCCAAAGAAGGGAAAGGAAGCCCUUUGUUGAAUUUGAUCUCACAAUUAAAGACAAGAAGGGUGUUGAAAAUGUGGUGGCUGAUCAUUUGUCUCGAUUGGAGUCUAAUGACUCCAAUAUUGAAAAUUGGAGUGCACAAGAUAAGCGUAAGUUCUUGGUUGAGGUGCCAGCAGUUAGUUAUGGUGUUAUUCACAAGGUGUCAACUGCUUACCAUCCACAGACUAAUGUACAAGCUAAAUUAGCCAAUAGGGAGGUAAAACAAAUUUUAGAGAAAACGGUAAACCCAAACCGCAAAGAUUGGUCUUUACGCCUUUCAGAUGCAUUGUGGGCAUAUCGCACUGUGGGCAUAUCGCACUGCGGGCAUAUCGCACUGCGGGCAUAUCGCACUGCCUAUAAGACUAUUCUUGGGAUGUCUCCAUAUCGGCUUGUAUAUGGGAAAGCAUGUCAUUUGAUCUACAAGGCUAAAUUGAAAGUAGCUCAUGACAAGCAAAUCCUAAGGAAGAACUUUGAGCCAAAUCAAAAAGUGGAUCUUUAUGAUUCUCGGUUGCAUCUUCAUCCAGGAAAGCUAAGGUCUAGAUGGACAGGGCCAUUUGUGGUGAAACAAGUUUUCCCUAAUGGUGCGGUUGAGAUUGAGGAUCCAAUCGAUGGGAGAAAUUUUUGAGUUAAUGGACAACGACUGAAGCAAUAUGUGGAGUAUGAUUUCAAAAUUACUUGGUUUAAGUCACUUUCUCUAUCUUGAUUAUUGAAGAGUAACUUCUAAAAACUUUUUGCGCACAAUACUAAGCUUUAUGGUUAGAUGGAUGUUCAAUAUGUAUAGCCAAGAGAAUUAUCAGGUUUAAGUGCAUUGUUUUGUUAUACUCACACAUCUUUUGUGAGUGAGUGGAGAGUUGAGAAAACAACUUAUGAACUUUCAUUGCUUAGUUGAAUUGGUUAGUUGCUAUUUAGAAUGUCACUACUCAUUUGGAGGAAUGGUUGAAUGAUU